UAUUUUAAACCGGUGCAUCCACAAUUAAUUGUGACUUGCAAUUCUGAAUUUUCUCGAAUUUUCUUUGGGCUCUCAUCACACACCACAACCGAGUCGAGUCGAGUCAAUCAAGUGAAGUCUUGACAGACACUGAUUACAUUGCUAUUAUAGAAACUAAGUGCAUGUAUAAUAAGUACUAGUACCGGUAGCAGAAUGCCAAAUUCUAAUGCGCAGUCUUCCCUGUUGGAAGGAUCCUAUCAAUCGUCCUCGCCGCAACAACAACAACUUCAUCCCGACGAGAAGAACAAGAGUUCCAUCAUCACCCAAACGCAGAGUGAUAUCGUGCGAGAGGACAGGGCUUCCUACACAUGGCGUGUUGCCGACUUUGGUACCGUCCCUGCUCGAUCUCGGGAUGGCAGUAUCCACGCAACCGAUGAAGUUUUCAAUGCAGCGUCUCAUCUAAGCGCCACCCUGUUGAGCAUUCUGGGGACGGUGCUAUUAAUCACCCAAGCUUCGGAGCAGGGAAAUCCUUGGAAAAUUGUCAGUUUUUCCCUCUACGGAGCCAGUUUGAUCUUUUUGUUUCUGUGCUCCACUCUCCACCAUUCCAUCAUUGGGACACCCCGAGUGGAGCUGUGUCUUCGGACCUUGGAUUACGUGGCAAUUUACCCAUUAAUUGCGGGGACGUUCACGCCGCUGUGUCUGGUAUAUUAUCACGAUUCCAGUAUUGGCUGGACGUUCUCCAUGGUGGUUUGGGGACUUUCCAUCAUGGGCAUGGUCAUGACAUCCGUCUUUUUUGUGCAGAUACCCAAAUGGUGGUCGAUGACCAUGUACAUUACACUGGGCUGGAUGGGAGCUUGCAUGACAUUUUGGUUGCUGCAAGUACUACAUUGGUCUGGAUUCGGACUUUUCUUUAUUGGUGGUGUUUUCUACACGGUUGGGGGUUUCGUGUACACAACAGAACAACCAAAUCCAUAUCCAAAACGUUUGGAUUUCACGAAAUAUGGCACUGUGCUGUCAUUGCUGGAGCUUUCUCCCAUUGGUGCCUCAUGUUCUUCUACGUAUUACCCUGGCACUCAGAUCUAUGAAGAAAAGCAACCAGCCGAAUCGAAUCAACAUUGUAACAAUACACGAUUUUGUUCAGAAUCUAUCAUUCAAAUCAAGUGAGACAAUGCCAGGUGAUCAGAAUGGCAGUCAGUGCUACGGCACAGCAACGAGGAUGCAUCAGGAGGCCGUCGACACGAACCAAAACGCCCAUCAAUGCCUCCCAAAAGACAUUUUCUCCUCCAGCGAAUCGAAUCGGUUGGAACGCCCAACAAUUUUCCAACUCGAUAAGAAAGAAUAAAUCUACUUGUAUCAUUCUUAGACGCAGGUUUGUGUUGCCACCCAUGUGUCUUCCCAGGCAAAGACAAAACUGUCUUGAAACCAUGCGCGUGCUCAAUGCAACGUUGUGGCUUAUUCGGCUUCCUGUCAGUGUUUGCUCUACCGGUAUAUUCUGUAAGAGCCAUUGGUGAACCUUAUUUCGGAAACAAAGAGUAGUCUAGCAAAGCCAAGCCGGCUUUCUGACUCUGCAUCCACCGUAUCGUACCUGGAACUGAUGCAUUCAUGCACUAUUAGUAUCUAUGGUCACCGUUCAGGGGUGCCUUCUUGUAGCUUCUGACGAGGCCAAGACCAGCCAGCAAGACGACUGCACCAUACAUGUACUAAUACUUGCACAUCAAGUAUGCUUAUUAUUGCUUUUAGAAUGGUACUAGUACAUACCGUUACCAAAAGGCUUGGGCAGGUGCUGGGGGAUUUCUAGAUAGUGCUAGCUAGCAGCAGCAGCCUGUGGCUCUAGCUACAGCUAGCUAGCUAGACAGCAUAGCAGGACAAAAGAAAGCUCGAUCCACCCAAUCCGGUAACUUCCAUCGCCCAAAACCGUGUCGUGCCGCUUUUUCACGGCACAGUAUUGACCGUUGGAAGC